AUGAAUAACAAGAUUUUUCGAAAGGGUGAUGAUCAACAAGGACAGGCAAAUAGCAAACAGGGAGGGCGAGAGACAAGACAGCAUGAAAGAAAAUUAUCCGUUCCUUGA